AUGAUGAUGCACUUUGUGUUUUGUUACAACCUUCUGACUUACCUUAUCACAAUUGGAAUAUAAAACUUCUCAUUAUCACGUGUGUGUAUAGGUGCGUCUCCUUUGGGCCAACCUCUAUGCUCACCAAAUCCUUGCCAAAACCAAGCCUUGUGUCAAAUCCGCGAGGACGGCUACGCCUGCUUCUGCGUGCCGGGCUUCCAGGGUUCUCACUGUCACAUCGAUGUCAACGAAUGCGUCUCCCGGCCCUGCGCAAACGGAGGCACCUGUGUUGACAGAGUGGGCCGAUACUCCUGUCUGUGUGCCGCUGGCUUCACUGGGCCCACUUGUGAGGUCUCCAUCGAUGAGUGUCGAUUCCAGCCGUGUCUCAAUGGCGGCAGUUGCCACGACAACGCGGGUGGCUGGCUUUGCACCUGCCCGCCCGGUUUCCAAGGCCACCGUUGUGAAAUCGACAUUGAUGAAUGCCAAGACAAGCCAUGCCCAAACGGGGCUCCCUGUAUAGAUGGACACAAUGGAUAUAGCUGUGACUGCUCACAUGGUGGACAUUGUGAGAGGCCGAAACAACAAUGCCACUCUCAACCGUGUUUCAACAGUGCCACCUGUAUGGAAAGUCAGGGUCAUUACACCUGUCAAUGCUUGCCAGGGUUCAAGGGGACACUCUGUGAAAUCGACAUCAACGAGUGCGGCAGUAACCCGUGUUUGAACGGAGGCCGCUGCAUCGAGAGGUCGUGGCGGGUCCUUUUCGGUAUCGAGCCACUGCUACCCGAACGCUACGACCCGCAGCACGCUGCGGGCUACAUUUGCAGCUGCCCUCCGGGAACAACAGGUUCCCUCUGCCAGGAGCUAAUAGACCACUGUGAUGCCAACCCGUGCCAGAAUGGGGGCAAGUGCGAGAGCCAUGACGGGGGCUACACGUGUCACUGCAGCAAACAACGUAGCAAAGGCUAUCUCUACGGAGGUGCCAACUGCCACGUGAGGCUGGUGGGUUGUGACGCCCACGAGUGCCAGAACCAAGGCUCCUGCAAUCCCUUCCUUCUGGACGGAACUCACGGCUACACGUGCUCCUGCUCAGCUGGACACAGCGGUCCGCUCUGCAAGACCCCCACCGCCUUCUCGUUCGAACGUAGCGGCUACCUUCUGCUCCAGAGCCCCUUUGUGGAUGCUGAGAUCUCUUGCAAUAUCACCCUCAGCUUCAAGACCGCUUUGCCCCGGGCUGUGUUGUUCCAGCGGAGCAUUAGGGGUCUUCUGCUAUGCCUGGAGCUGCAAGAGGGCCAGCUUCACCUCACGCUUCGAAGGCAAACCGCCGCCGAGCUCCAAGUACUGAGUCGAAUCGGAGCUUUGGAGCUGUCGCACGCGGUCGCCGACGGAGAGUGGCAUACGGUCGAGGCGGUGCUCACAAACCGGGUGCUCGCUUUGAGACUCUCGAGUGAUGCGGCGACAUGCGAAAGGCAGCUAUGCUAUAAGGUAGCACCGGUCCAGAAUCACAUGGACGGCUCGGCGUCGCUCCCUCAGAACACCUUCAUCGGAGGGGUGCGAAAGGAUCCCGGCGAGGACUCCUCAAUUCCGCCAUUUAUCGGUUGCAUGCGGGACGUCUUGGUGGACUGGCAAUUGAUUGUCCCCGAGGAGUGGCUGAGCGACUCGGCUGUCAACGUGUCGCCUGGCUGCAGCCACCGAGACCGCUGCGAGGAUGCCCCUUGCCAAAACCGUGGACUGUGUGUCAACUUGUGGCAGAGCUACCGGUGCCAGUGCCCAAGGCCUUACAUGGGCCAAGACUGCGAAGAGGAACAUGUGAGCGCUCGCUUUGGGAGCGAGGACUCGCUGAGCUACGCCGUCUUCAACGUCACCACGGACGAGCUGGGCGAAGGCCUCUCGAUGUCUCUCUUCCUCCGCACGCGGAAGCCCGGCGGCCUCCUGCUGGCAGUGGGCAACGGCAGCACGCGCCACCUCCACGUGUGGCUGGAGGACGGCGUGGUCACGGCUCAGCUGGGAGACAUGGAGAGCCUGAGGGGAGAGAGCGCGCUCAAUGACGGCCAAGUUCAUUUUGUGAACGUGGAGGUGGCCGGGGGCCGAAUGACGCUGCACGUGGAGGCUCACAAACAAGCCGAAGCCCAGGUCAGGACUUACGGCGUUCGAGCAGGAGAUAGCGUCUAUGUCGGAGGUCUGCUGGACAGCCACGCUGCUGCCGUUUGGGGGGGGCAUUUUAAAGGAUGCAUCCAAGACCUGCAGAUCAAUGACAGGAGAUUGGAGUUUUUUGCUUUGGACACUUUGGUGACAACAUUCCCUUUGCAACUCAUGGAGAAUGUGACUGCUGGCUGCUCCGGUGACAACACCUGCAGUAGGAACCCUUGUCUCAACGGGGGAAUGUGUUACACCACGUGGGACGAUUUCACUUGCGCUUGCCCACCCAGCACAGCAGGGCGGCACUGUGAAGACGUCAGAUGGUGCCAAUUGUCUCCGUGCCCUGCGGAUGCUGAGUGCAAGAUAGUCCACCAAGGAUAUGAAUGUCACACCAAUGCAACUUUCCUGAAUGACUCCACUGUGCUGGUCUACAGAGGAAAUGGACACAUAUUGCGCAACCUAACCAACCUCUCUUUCAACCUGCGCACUCGGAAACGUAGCGCGGCCAUCCUCCACGCGGAGAAGGAUUCUGCCUCCGUCACGCUCUCUGUCCAAGACGGCUUCCUCUUCAUGGAUCUUCAGAGCUCCACCGGAGACGCAGAGGAAAACAAGUCCGCUGUCAGCCUCAACAGCGUGAGAUCUGUCAGCGAUGGCGAGUGGCACGCUGUCCACUUGUUCAUGACUGCCCCGUGGGCUAAUACAUCUCAGUGGACUCUGGUGCUGGACGAUGAAGUCGACGAAGCCGUGACUUCCACGGGUCAAGGGGGCAACCUGGACUUCCUCAGGGAGGGAGUAGACAUCUUCCUGGGAGGUUUGACCACCGACGUUGGAUGGUCGCUGGCAGGGUGCCUGGGCACGGUGGAGCUAGGCGGGAUCGCUCUGUCUUACUUCAGCUCUUCCCAGGUCAACCUUCCGCAAUUACAGAAGGAGAAAUUCAUCCAGACGUCCCUCGACCCUCCGCUGGUCGCUUGCAGCGGGGCGUCGGUGUGCGCGCCCGACCCGUGCUUGAACGGAGGAGAGUGCCGAGACUUCUUCAACUACUACAACUGCAGCUGCGCCGAGGGCUGGGCAGGGCGGCACUGCGGCUUCUUGGCCGACCCCUGCGCCUCCGGACCUUGUCUCCACGGCAACUGCAGCAUCGACGGGCUGACCUACCAAUGCUCUUGUGAACCGGGAUACGACGGAAUGCACUGUGAGGAGGAAGCGGACAUCUGUGAAAAGCAUCUGUGUGCAAACGGAGGCACCUGCUUGCGUGGACUUGACCGAUACGCCUGUCUGUGCCCUGAGAACUACACCGGACCGCUUUGCAAUGAACGGGUUGAAGAAAUUCCUUGGUACAUUGUUGUCAAAAAUGUGCGGCCCAACCUUCCUGUUUCUGUGUGUGGAGAUGACUUGAAAAACUACACUUGCUUCAACGGCGGCAAUUGUACCGAGCGCGACUUGUCGUGCGACUGCCCGCCUGGCUUUGCUGGACACCGGUGUGAGCAGGAGAUAGACGAAUGCAAGUCCAACCCGUGUCUGAACGGAGGCUACUGCCGCAACUUGAUCAACAAGUUCCUGUGCGUGUGCGACAUGAGCUACGCCGGCGACACAUGCCAGACGGACUUGACCUCAGAAGGCGUGACCUCUGACCUACUACUGGCCAUCAGCCUGGUGUCCGUCAUCCUGCUGCUGGUUGUGAUGCUGACUUCGGUGGGACUGGUGGUGGCGCUGAACCGCCGAGCCACCCACGGCACCUACAGCCCCAGUCGGCAGGAGAAGGACGGAUCUCGCGUGGAGAUGUGGAGCGUCACCCAGACUCCACCUAUGGAGAGGCUCAUCUGA